AUGGAUCCAAAUAUCAUGCUGAUGGUCAUUAUGAAGUAUCUGAAACAAGCAAGAGAUGAACCGAUACGAUACGCUGAGAUAACUAUGCAAAAAGUAAUUCGUCUAUUUUAUUUGUACAUGCGUUACAAGGAAUUGCAAGAUGACAGAAAGAACCGUGAAAUGUGGGUACGGCCUAUUUUUACGGAGAGGAGAAGACUUCUGCAAGGUGACAGCGACAAUCUAAUUGUGGAGAUGCGAUUGGAGGAUCCGAAUAAGUACUUCAACUACCUCAGAAUGUCAGCUGUAAUCUUCAACGAGUUGCUCAAUAUUGUCGGACCUUUGAUCGAAAAGGAAAAUGUAGUUCGGAAACCGAUACCGGCCAGAACGAGAUUAGAAGUGACUAUACGAUGGUUGGCAUCUGGUGACAGCAUGACAUCGUUAUCGUAUGCUUAUCGCAUUGCCCAAUGUACGCUAUCACGAAUAAUUCCGGAAACUUGUGAAGCAAUUUGGCUCGCCCUAAAGGAAAAGUUUAUGAUUGAUCCAACCGAAGACAAUUGGAGAACAAUAGCAGAAGACUUUGCGACAACAUGUCAAUUUCCAAACUGCAUAGGCGCUAUCGAUGGAAAGCAUGUCGUAAUUCAGGCACCGCCUCGUAGUGGUUCCUGCUACUACAACUACAAAGGAAACCAUAGCAUAAACCUGCUCGCAGUAAGUGAUGCCAAGAACCGCUUCACAAUUGUUGAUAUUGGAACUGAAGGGAGGCAAAGCGACGGAGGUGUUUUUGAAAGCAGUGGAUUACCGCAUCUAUUUCAGACAAAUGCUCUCCAUAUCCCUCCAUCUACGCGUCUGAAUAAUAUGGAUUUCGAGUUUCCAAACGUUCUAUUGGGAGAUGAGGCAUUCCCCCAGAGCAGACAUAUGAUGCGACCAUACUCUCGGAGUCGACGGCUGAAUAUUAGCCGAAAAAUUUUCAACUAUCGCCUGAGUCGAGCAAGGAGAACGGUUGAAUGUGCUUUCGGGAUUUUGGUUGCAAGAUGGAGAAUAUAUCGUCAACCUAUUCUUGCAUGCACAUCUACUGCUGUAAAAGCAGUACAGGCCACGGUUAUCUUGCAUAAUUUUAUUAUUAAUCAAGAAUUAGACUUACCACUUGCAGAAAGACAGUACUGUAAUAUACAAGAAGAGCGCAACCUCUCGGCUACUAAUGAACUUACAGACAUACGUAAUAGCAGUUCGCGAAAGUCUAAAGCACUGAAGAUUCGAGAUAACUUUGCUCACUAUUUCGAGCAUGUAAAUCCUCUACCGUGGCAGUGGGACAAAGUUUUAACUAACAACUUUUGA